UGGCUAGGACUUACUAAUUCCUUAGCUGUGUCUUUGUUUUAUGUAGCAACACAAUUCUGGAGAAAAGUUGGUUGAAAUGACAAUAAAAGCUUCUUGUUUUCUUGACUUGACUUGACUUGAGUUACAACUGAGUCACAGCAGAGGGCACUCUUUGCUCCUUGCUCUUGGUCUCCUCCCUCGUCAUCGCCAUCGAAGUAGACGAUGGUAAAAGGUCAGGAGCGUCAUUUCGCCUCAGCCCUCAUUAGGAAAUAUCCUGUGUGUGGGACUUGAAGUAACCGGCUGAUUAUACGGUCAUUAAAAAAAAAUACGAACAUGGCGAAGAAGAGAAGCGGCGUCCGCGAAACAGAAGGCGCUACUGUGAUAGCAGAGGAAUCGACGACAAAAGAAACGCAGCCUCUUAAAGCAUCGCAGUAUACCGGAGAAGGAUCUGCACGCAUGUCCCUCCUCAUCCUGAUCUCCAUCUUUGCCUGCGCUGCUUCAGUCAUGUACCUGGUUUACAGGAAUUUCCCUGAGCUGAGCGAAGACGAGAGGGAUAAAAUAAAAAUCCCCAAAGACAUGGACGACGCUAAGGCAUUGGGUAUCGUGCUCUCCAAAUAUAAGGACACCUAUUAUACCCAAGUGCUUGUAGCAUAUUUUGCUACUUAUAUCUUCCUCCAGACAUUUGCCAUUCCAGGUUCAAUUUUCCUCAGUAUCCUCUCUGGUUAUCUGUAUCCCUUCCCCUUGGCCCUGUUCUUGGUUUGCCUGUGCUCGGGGCUGGGAGCGUCUUUCUGCUACAUGUUGUCGUACUUAGUGGGCAGACCAGUGGUGUACAAGUACCUCACAGAGAAAGUGCAGAAAUGGUCACAACAGGUUGAUAAACACAGAGAGCACCUCAUCAAUUACAUUAUCUUUCUGAGAAUUACACCUUUCCUCCCCAACUGGUUUAUCAACAUCACUUCCCCGGUCAUCAACGUGCCUCUGGGAGUCUUCUUCUUUGGUACAUUCCUUGGAGUUGCUCCUCCAUCUUUCGUAGCGAUAAACGCAGGAACGACGUUGUACAAGCUGACCACAGCGGGAGAGGCCGUGUCCUGGAACUCUUUGGCCGUGUUGGCGGUUCUGGCUGUAGUCUCUAUUCUCCCAGUAUGCUUCCAGAAAAAGCUGCAGGAAAAGAUGGAGUAAAGCGCCACCUCGUUUCCUUUGCCUGUCAUCAAGUUCAUCCUGCUUGCCCUGGGCCUCUCACACCUACUCACACAGCUGUCUUUUUUUUUUUUUUUCUUUUUCUUUGUCAGUUGUGGAAAACGGGCCCAGAACUGUUGAACUCGGACUGGCUCGUAACCACAACCUCGUUCUUUUUCCUGUGUCACAGAACGAACAUUUAUAUCCAUGAUCUUAUUAUUGUUUUGUACAUUUUUAACAACCAUGUGUAAUUAAUGUUCCCAUAUUAAUUUUUUUUCUUUUUUUUUUACUUUUCUAACUUUAAAGCAAUACCUUUUGAGGAGUUUUAAGCCCGUGUUGCAUUGGCAGCACAAACAAGGUGCUACGCCAGGAGAAAUUGAAAUACGACACCUCUCGCAUGUGCCGUGCCAUCGUUCGGCUAUAACAGUAAAUUUUAAAUUUAAAAAAAAAAAAAGGUUUGUGUUGGCGGAUGCACGAAUCCUGCAGCCAACCACAUGCAGGAGAUUUUCCUGGUAAUUUCUUUCUCCACAUAUUUAUGUAUCAGAAGACACACUUUUUUUUAUACACUGAUCAGUCAUAACAUUUAACCCUUGUUACCUUGGCACCUCUGAAGGGUAGCCAUUAAAAGUAGUCCAAACACUAGUCCAGUAAAGAGAUGAUACACAAGUACCGCAUGAGCAUCAGAACUGGACCAUGCAGCAACGGAAGAAGGUGGCCAGGUCCCGGUCCUCCCCCUUUAGAUGGCACCAGGAUGCAUCAUGAUGCACAUCCAAAGCCAGUAAAAGUAGUGCAAUGUUCUGCUUGGAAACCUUGGGUCCAAUCCAGAGUCUGUGAUCCUGGAUGUUCUGGACAAACACUUCCAAUCCAUUACAGCCACAUCUUGCAACUUACAUGGGUGUAAAGUAUCCGCUGCUAACAUCUCGGUGUCGUACCACAGGACGCUUUCAGAGGUCAGAGGUCUUGUCUUCAGAGUCCAUUCCUUUCUGGGUCAGUGCUAUUUUGACAGCUCAAAUGGAUCUACACAAUAUUAGGCAGGUGGUUUUAAUGUUAUGGCUUAUUUGGUAUAGAAUGCCUCAUAUGUAUUGUGUGUGUGUGUGUUUUGUUUCUUUUUAAAUCUAUUUUUAUUUUAAAUAGCAGGUUACUGGAAAUAGAUUGCAGUGAUUCUUUUGAUUUCUUUCUCCACCUUGGACAUAAAAUAGGAGUAAGAAUGAUGAGUUUUAACCGAUUCACUGAUUCAGACUGAAGUUAGAAGGAACCACUUAAAUCUUAAUUAUAUUAAAAAGAAAUGCAUCUCUACACAGCAAGCAGUGGUGUUUGCACCGAAUGCAAGUGUGUUAGGAGAACUUUUCUACCACACACAGGUAGAAUCUGGAUACCUCAUUGUGUAUGAUCUCACUGUUUACUACAUCUUCAUCCAAAGCAUCGGUUAGUCCCACAGAGAUCUAUCCUGCUUCUGGAAGUACUUCUGCUCUUUUUUUUUUUUUUUUUUGCCUUAGCUUUACAGCUAAUAAAUAAAUGAAUCAAAUGUAAAGAGUGUGUCUAGACUACUGUAGGAGCAGGAUUGGGAACCUUCGGUUUAAGAUUGCUCUCUCCAGCUCGGAGACAUAACCUACAGCCCUGCGUUUAUUCCACGAACCUCUUGAAUCAUUUUAAAAGCACAUCCAUUUACCUAAGGUGCAUCUCUACAAUGCCUUUUCUUUGUCUUAUAUUUUGUUCAUGACUGUUCUCUCUCGACUGAUGAGAUUUGGGUUGCCUCCAUACACACACUCAUACACACACAAAUACAGUAUUACAUUGACCUCUCUGGAUGUUGUAUGUAAAUACUAAUAAAUGAUUAUUAUUAUUAUUAUAAACUUUUUCUUUCAAAUGUCAUUAUGAAAUAUUAUAUAAUGAAGAUAUUUAUUAAGAAACUAUUAAAACAUGGUUCACUUCA